AUGGCGUCUCCUCAAGUGGACGAUGUCUCAAGCAGGCAUAGUUUGAUAACGGUAAAGGUCGACAACACGCAUCGCACCGCGAAGGAUGAUCUUGCUACGUCUUCCUUGGGGCGCAAAGACUCAGGUAUAGGCUAUGGAGAAUGCCCAUCCACAACUUCCAAGCCCAAUGUGCCGGGACGAGAUGAGGCCAACACGUCAUUGUGUUCGUCUAACAGUGGUCAUAUUGUCCGUGGAAAUAGCAAUGGCACACCCAGCAAUGACUCCAAGGUCCCUGAUAUCCCCAAUGCACUUUCACCUGCCUCAUCAGCAGGUUUGACCCGAACCAAUUCAAUCAAGAAGGAGGUUGUUACCAUUCUCUUCAGUAAUCCAAAUACUCAAGAGGAGGACAUCAUCCAGUCCCGACUUACUUGUCUCAUGCCACGGCAUUCCCUCGAGGAGCUGACGAAGCUAGGAGAGUGUAUGACACAAGGUGACCGAAAGAUCGUUGACAUGGGCUCUAACUUUGGACAUACGGCAACUCGACUAAAGCAAUUCCUGGAACGCAAGUCCUAUGUUCCAUUUGGCCCACGAAUACAGCUUCAAGUAGUCGGUCCUAAGGACACGCCACUCGACUGGCCGGUAAGAGGUCUCGAGUCAAAGAGGAGCACCGAGGAAACGCUAUCGCUUUUCUACUCCGAAUUGUCCAUGUACAAGCACGCGUCACUUAUCAAAUAUGACGAGAUUCGCAUCUAUUCUUCGAAGAACAUACGCACAGGCUAUCCGAUCUAUAAAGAAGAGGUUAUUGCUCUACUGGAACGCAUUUAUGAGAUUGCGUCUAAGAACAAGGACGUUGAGAUGAUUGAUUUCAUUACAGACGCAACCCAUAAACAUGCAGAUGAGCUAAUUAGUACACCUGCUAUACGCCAUAUCCUCCAGUCUUCUAUAAAUGAAGAUUCCGCAGGGCACCUUCUUCUAGACAUGGUAUUAAAGACCACUUCACAAGCUCAGGCAAACCUGUUCCUCGAUUCAGCUCUAUCGCCGGCACCAAGUAAGGCAAGAGACUUACCUAUUCCGACGAGCCCCUCAGCAUCAACAAAAUCACUGGUUAAGCCUGCAGUAGUCGCACAGCAGACCUCUGACGCAGCAUAUCUUCGAAAAUUCCACGAGUUCAUUGUUAACGACCGAAUCCUAGUUGCUCAGAGUGAUGGAUACGGAACACUGAUUAACGGACCUCCAGGAUCGUACCAGCGGCGCAACCGCGACUUCAAGUUCGAGCACGCAGAGUUGCUUCUGGCCGACUUUGAACAGGCCUCGACCAGGCAUAAUGUCACCGUCGUCAAUGGACGCGGACAGAAGGGAGACAUCUUGGCAAGCUUCGUAGUCAAGCUUGAUGCCGCUGCUCUGGGCCUGGAUGGACGUUUCAUUCACGUCGGGUCGGCUGAAUCUUACGAUCGCGAGCAGCGCAUGUUCAGGCCUGGCAUUAGCCGCGGACGAUCACGUUCGCCAGAGCGACGCUGA